AUGAUAAGGUCUCGCAAGUUUCUCUUUCUCCUUCUUCUGAUCGCCGUCGUCGCCGUCACCACCCUUCUUCUCCGGCGGCCUCAGGCCUUGGAGGAAUCCGCAGCUUCACUCCUUCUCGGCCACCAUGCGCACGAGGAGAAUCAACCGCUCCUCCCGGCGAGCUCGCUCUUGCAUCCGAUCCACGAGCUAGUGGUCGAGGCGCAGGGGAAUUUCCAGACUGUUCGCGCCCGCCAGUCACGAUCCCUAAGCGAUGCCGUAGCCGAGUACCGCAGGCGGUACAAGCUGCCGCCUCCGCCGCAUUUUGACAAGUGGUACGCCUUUGCAAAGAAACGAGGGGUCGAGCUCAUUGACGAGUAUGACACCAUCUACCAUCAACUGCUACCCUUCUGGGCGCUGGAGCCGGCGGUGAUACGUGAGAGGACAAGAGAAGCUGUUGGGUUCGACAACGCGUUGAUCUCGGUGACGAUCCGGGAUGGAAAGGUCGUCACAAUCCAAGGCGGGGGUGACAUGUACCAGUGGCAUCGGGAGGCCACUCCCGUCAUGUUAAAGGAGUUCAUCAGUUAUCUGCCCGACAUGGACUUGGCCUUCAACAUCCACGACGAACCUCGAGUGGUCAUGCAGCAUGAUGACCUUCUCCAUCACGUCAAGGUCGCAAAGGACGUGAACAUACCCAAAGCUUAUGGCAACCAGGCUUUGAACAACCAGUGGUCCCCAAGACCUGAGGAUCUGGGCGAGGGCAUCCGGAUCAAAGAGUACAAGACAACACGCUUCAACCGCUACGCUCAUCAGCCCACUUGGGCCGAUUCGAGGUUGUCCUGUCCACUCGAAAGUCCGGCGCGCGUCUGUCUGGACGAUUUCUGUCCCGACAACACCACCGCAUACUCGGGGCUUCCGCUGGGGCUCAUUCAUAACACGUCUGCUUUCUCCGACAUCUGCAACUCCCCGAGCUUGGAGAGAACAUUUGGCUUCUUCGAUCGUCCGAAUGCAUUUGAUGUGAGCCACCACCUGUUUCCUAUUUUCUCGCAAUCGAAAAUCUCCAGCUUCCAGGACAUCUUGUAUCCUUCACCAUGGUACUUUAUGGGCCGGGUAAAGUACGAGAAGGAGCGAGACAUGCCAUGGGAAGAAAAGGCUCCAACCAUGUACUGGCGCGGUAGUACCACGGGAGGUUUCUCCCGAGACGGCGGUUGGAGGCGACAACAUCGGCAACGGUUCCUGACCAAGAUUCAGCCGACCAACACAGCCAAGGUUUUGGAGCUCGACAACUCUAGCAGCACGGACAACAUGUGGCGAGAGAAGGAAAUCUCGAUGCAAGAAGUCUCGCACUACUUCGACGUCAAGUUCACGUUCAUCGGACAAUGCGACCCGGGCGACUGUGACGCGCAGCGUGAAUACUUCGGCACGGUGGAGCCGGUCAACAUGUUUGACGCAUUUGGGUCGCGGCACCUGCUGGACAUUGAUGGCAAUGCAUUCUCCGGACGAUACUACGCCUGGCUCCUGAGUAAUAGUCUCGUGCACAAGCUGGCCGUGUUUCGUGAAUGGCAUGACGAGUGGCUGCGCCCGUGGGUGCAUCAUGUCCCGCUCAGCUUGACUGGUGACGAGUAUGUCGAGGUCAUGCGGUACUUUGACCAGGAAGAGAGCGGCAAGAUCGAGGCGAAGCGGAUUGCGAACCAAGGUCGAGAUUGGGCGCAAAAGGUGCUCCGGAACGAAGACAUGGAGGUUUGGUAUUUCCGGCUGUUGCUUGAGUGA